AUGCAUGGGUUGAAGUCGCGGGGGGCGACGUUGCUCGCCUCGAAGCGAUGCACGUCAUCGGCCGCUUCUGCCGCUGACGUCACUCCGACCGCAACGCAGCCGCCGACGCGCAAGGCGACACCGGCGACUGUCUACCGGCCACCGUACUACCGCAAAGCGCACAGACAUCACGAGCCCAAGCACAUGCUGCAGGAAGAAUUUCCGGUGCGAAUAAUUCAUUGGAAUGAUCUUCAGAGCAAAAAAAAUCACCGUAGAAUUAGGCGGUAUGCGUUUACGCAGCGUAAAUGAGUUAAAAAAAAAGGUAAACGUGAAUUUUUCAGGCGGAUUCGUAGGUCACGUGGAUUGGAAGCGUUAAAGAAAAGUAAAAACAGAAAGAUUCCGUUUUGAAAUCAGCUGCGUAAAUUUUCAUACAUAAGUCCUCUUGAUAUAUCGUAGAUUUUUUUUUCAAAACAUUGUUCAAUUUUAAAAUCUCCCCAGAUCCAAAUUAACCUUGCUUACUUUGAAAAAUUUCCCAAAGCAAAUAGGAAAUUUGAAGAACGCCGGAGACGCAUCUGGGGCUGGAAUUCGGCUAUUCGACUACUUCAAAACAGCGGAAAUUGUCAACUCAUUGCCGACAGUGAAGGAAAAAGUCGACUUCGUUUCGCCGUAUGAAAGACCUUGGUCGAGGGCUGAGAGGACAUGGAGAAGGUUUGUUGGAAGUUUUCAAAAAAAUAAAAUAAAGUCAAUUUGUUCCUUCGGAUUUUAUGUACCUGUUGUGAAGCGGAAUCGUUGAUAGAAUUUUUAAAAAACUAGUGUUUAAUCAGUUUUUCCCGUUGUACACAGUAUCAAUCAAACGGAGGUCGGGAAAAUUCCAGAAUCGCCCCCCACACUGUUUUUGCCCCCCGCGUUCCAACAAGCCCCCCACCAAGCCAAGUUCCGAUCUGUGGGGGGUAAAAUAGGAGGACUUCAUGUGGGGGGAAGAAUCGAACGCGGGGGGUGAAUAUGUAUUCUAGAAUGGCCCCCCGCAGUACAAAACGGGGGGCGAUUCUGAAAUGCCUAGGCAAUCUUUCAUAUUUGCCCCCCGCACGGCUUUGAAAUAGUCCCCCCAGAGCUCAUUCGAACAAGCCCCCCUCCCAUUUCAGAAUGACCCCCCUCUCAUUUCAGAAUGGCCCCCUCUCAUUUCAGAAUGGCCCCCCUCCAUUUCAGAAUGACUCCCCUCUAUGUCAAGUAUUUCAUUUAUUUGACGAAUCGUUCACUGUGGCUCAGUUUUUUCGAAGCGACCCACAGUCGGCUUCGCGCUAUGCGCGCUCCGCCUCCGUGUGAAGCCUUAAAACUAAGCCUAUUUUCUUAAGUAAUUUAUUAAUUAAUGUGCAUGAAAAGAAAAAGCAAAAAAUUCUAUUCCUCAGAACAAUUACUUGAUUGAAAACUAAUGAAGUUCGUCUUAAAUGUUUCUAAGUGGUCAGCGCCCCAUAAUUUUAUGAUAUUCGUACGUAUCUCGGCGAGACGUACCCGUAAACUUCUUUGUCUGACUUGAACUUCUCAUGAAACUCGGUCAGCGACCUAAUUUCUUCCAUGGUCUAAAAAAACAAAUCACAAAAAAAUUAUUAAAUUCACAAAAAGAACACGAAUUUACAUGCGAAAAAUACAAAAAACCAUUUGAAACAACCAAGAACGACGAAUGAUACGAAAAAAAUUAGAAAAAUAAAUUUAAAAAAAUGGAAGCUCUGACACGUGUCCUGCGUGAUCGUUGCGUGACUUUUUUUCGGUGUGGGGGGUUAUACUGGAUAGUUCCGGGGGCUAUAUUGGAUAAGAGUGGGGGGCUUGUUCGAACGUGUCGCGGGGGGGUGAUAUCCAACAUAUGCGGGGGGCUAUACUGUAAUAUGCCCCGGAGGUCUCAUACAUUUUAGUUUUUUUAUUAUGGACAAAAAAAUUUUUUUUUAUUAAAAACCUCUUUUUGACUCAAAAUGGAUCGUUUCUUUUGGUUUUCUGUUAGUCUUAAGAAUUUUUUUUCUGAAAAAUAACAUUGAAAAUUUAUCUGUUUUCAAGUUUCUUUUCUCUUUUUUCAAAGUUUUCUAAUUUUCAGCCUUGAACUGUAUAUUUGACUUCAGAAAAUGACAAAUGAAAGUUUCAGUUUCAAAGGAAUUUUCUUAUGAACCAAUUUUGAUUAGAAGAAUCGAAAAGAGGUGAAAAAAACACAACUUUUUUUGUAGGAAGCAGAAAAACUUCUUGGAAAGUAUUGAAAACUUGAGCUAUAAGGGACUUUAAAACUCGGGCCUAGUCGGAAUGGUGGAUAUUGGCCGCUAAAAGGGAGAGGCUCAAAAAAGGCAGCAAAAAGAGUCCCUUUACCGAGCCGUUCCAUUUUUCUGUGCUUUCAAGGGAUCAAGAAAUGGUGUAAAAGGGUAGAGACAGCAAAAAAGGUGCACAAGAGCCGAUAAAAUGGCGCAAAAAGGCAGAAAAAAAGAAAAAUUUCUGUGGAGCCUUUUCCACAAUCCUACUCUGCCUAUGAGUUUGACGAUGAAAACAAUGAAAUUUCUCCAGAGACUGGCACCCAACGCUGAUGGCUACCCGAAAAGCUUGGGCCCUCCCUUCUGUACCGGCCCAUAUCGAUUGCUUGAAGUUUUACCAGUACCUGACCAAGACGCGAGUCGAGAGCGGCCCCUUGGACGAAUAUUACAAGGGUUUGAUUCCGCCGAUGGCUCAAUUCGAGAAAAGAUCCAGCGAGACGAUCCGAAUGUUCGUCGGAACUAACCCGGAGACGUUCGUCUUCAUAUUUUUUUGUAAAAAUAAUGUUUCAGGAUAAAAUUUAUAUUUUUUUAAAAACUAUUCUAAAAAAAUUUUUUUUUCUUUUUUUAAUUUAGAAGAAUAAUUUUUUUGAAAAAGUAGGUUUUGUUAGAAAUUUGGCUCGGAACGAUUUAUGGCCGCUGAAAAAAACAAGGAAAAACACAUUUUUGAUUUGAUGUUUUUUUCAAUCCUUACUACAAUAAGAAUGAGGGGCGGAGGUUCAAAAAAACUUUCAAAACAUUUAUUUUCAAAAAAAUAUAAAUCUAACUCUUUAAAAAAAUAUAAAUUAAAAAUAUGAAUCUAACUCUUUGGUACCUUUUCUUCUUGAAUAUUAGGAUAUUCAUGACGAGAGCGUUGUAUAUUUUUGAAAAAAAUCUAAGUAAAGUUACAAGGAGUUUAUUUUUUUUCUGAAUGUUGAGGAACUUCAUUGAUUUCGAUUCUCGAUGACUUUCCCAAGAUUUGAAGCUUCUUUCAGCGCCCAAAAACUUUUAUCUCGAUUUAUCGACGACGCCAUGUCGAGCCUCGUCCACAAUGUUCACCGUCUGGCUGAUUAUCGGGUUUUUAAAGAUAUAUAUAUUUGUUGAUUCAAAGAAUUUUUUAGGUAGCUUACGACGUGCCAAGUGAAGCAUUUUGGAUCCGCUCUGGCUUCAUGUUUUUGUACGACGAGGAGGAAAUCGGGACGCGAAAAGUCGUCCGAAAACUGCACAAUUUCCCGAAAUUCAUCGGCGACGAUAGGUGAUUCUAAUUAUUGAUUGAUAAAUUUGGAAAGUUUUUCGGUUUUCCAAAGAGUUUCGUAUGACUUUUUGAUGGGGUAUAUGAGAAAAAAAACCGUGAAAAAAUAGCCGAAUAUUUCUUUUUAUUGUCCAUGGAGCGCGAAUCAUUUUUUGUCCACGCUGGCGAAAUUUAAGCGGCUCGUCAUUUUACGCUAAUUUUUCCACGGCGACUUCUUCUAGUUGAUGAUUGAUGAAUUUAGAAAGUUUUUUUGGUUUUUUUCCAGAAAGUUUUCGUAUUGCUUUUCAUGGGGUAUAUGACAAAAAAAAACGCAAAAAAAAGCCUUGAAAAAAUAGCCGAAUAUUUUUUUAUUUUCCAUGGAGCGCGAACCAUUUUUUGCCCAUGCUGUCGAAGUUCAAGCGGCUCGUCGUUUUACGCUAAUUUUUCCACGGCAAUUUUUUUGUCGGCCCGAUUUUUGAAGCUUUUUGAUCAUAUACAUUUUCCAUGUUAAAAUCAAACGUUUUUUGAUCAUUUAGAACUUUUGUCUAAAUGUUCCCUCGGAUUUUUUUAUUCCUUGAUCUCCAGACGAAAACUCGGAGAACUGGCCUUCGUACAUCGCGACAAACUGGCGGCCCAACUGCGGAGCCACGAACAGCCGGCGCCUCUUCACUCGUUGGAAAGCGAAUUCGCGACGAGACCCAUUUUCAGCGAAUUGGACAACGUCGACCUUGAGGAUGUCUUGUUCUCCCCCAAGGCACGAUUUUUAUUCAAGAAAAUAAAUGACCUUUGAUUUGAGGUCUUCAACCUGUGGCCGGACGAGAAUCCGCUCUGGCAAUGCCCGGGAUUCCACGUCGAAUCGGAAGAGACGCAUCCCUACGGCGUCCUGGCGAUCAAGUCCCUGGCCGACCUCAGCAAACGAGUCAACCAAUGGGCUGAGAAGGACCAUUUGAUCGCCAAACUUGGCCUUUUCGACGAGGCCGCCAAGGCGCAGGCCGUCGUCAGCCUUUUCUCCACCCUGUGUGCUCAGGCUCAUGCUCAAGGUGAUUGGCAGUAGAUCAAGAGAAUCUUCAGAAAAAGGGCAUUCACUUGUAAUAUGUGUUUGGGCAGCCUACUGGAUCCCAGGGUAGGCUGCAGGGUGAAGCGUAUGUUGGGCAGAAAAAAAAAAUGAGAAAAUAAGGUAUCUUCUUCGAAGAUCUACUGGAACUCUGAAGGCUACAGAAUGAGAAUUCAAGAAUUUUUUUUCAGCACAGAAAUAUUUUGAACAGCUAUUUUGCUUCUUUCUCUCAAUUUUUUUUUGAACUCUCUCUAGCCUCCCAGGAGAGGUCAAUUCACUUACCUGAAAAUUGGCCAAAACACUUCUUGAUGUACCAGGAGAAGAUCCUGAAAGUAUGAACCUACACAGCUUUUUAGUUUUCGGGAAAUAAGGGUCUAGAAUCUCAUAACAGCCUGUUUUCAUAUGUUUUGGGGUUUUCUUUGAAUUUGAGGCGUCUUUUCGGAAUUUGUGCAGGUUGUAACUUUUAGAAUCUUCUUCUGAUACAUCAAGGAGCGUUCUGACCAAUUCGCAGGAAAAUCCCAACCGUAAAGUAAAAAGAUCCCCCUUGUCAAACGUCCAAAUAUUGGCUGUUUUUUGGUUGUUUAUGAAAGCUGGACUUCUUCUGAUUCUCCUGUGUGUAGAUUUUUGGGGAAAAAAAGUGAGCCUUUCAGUCAAAAAUAGGAAAAUAUCCAUUUUUAAAGUUCUUUGGAGCAUUAUAAUCCAUAUAGAGGAAGAUAAAUUUGAGAAAACCGACCUCUGGAAAAAAAGGCAGUGAAUUUGAAAAAAUUUUGGCCUUUUGCGGAUAAUCCUGAAUAAUUUAUUUAUUUUCAACUUUUUUUUUGCAAAAAGCUGAUCAUUUUUCAAUAGAUUGAUGUCCUUUUUUCUCAAACUGUCCGCAUUUUGCAGGCUUCACCCAGUACACGGACGUGACGCGGCCCUUCACUUCUCAAUUAAUUCUGACGGAUGGAAAUCUGGCGUACUUUGCCGUCGGACAGUUGAACACUCUCGCUAUAAAUAUUGAGUGUGAUGGUUUGAUCUGAAGAAAUUCCUCGGGAAACUCGGCAAUCUUGAGGCUUCCACAAUCCUCGCACGAAUUUCGUCCACAUCGAGGGUCCCGUCAAACUGCUCGAACGCAAUGAGAAAAGCGGAGAGGUGAGAUUGCUGGGUUCAAAUUGGUAAUGACGCUUUUGAAUUUAUUUGAGAUUUUUUCCCCUAUAGGAGUUGAAAUUUUAGAGGCCCCUUAGGGGGGUUUUUUUGGGGACCAAGAAGGGGGGUAUGGCCUCUAUAGGGAUUGAAAUUUUAGGGGCCCUUUUGGGGGUUUUAGCGUUUUACGUCUCUAUUUAUGAGCCCUUAUAGGAGUUGAAAUUUUAGAGGCCCCUUAUGGGGGUUUUUUUGGGGGGACCAAGAAGGGGGUGGCCUCUAUAGGGAUUGAAAUUAUAGAGGCCCCUUGGGGGGGGUUUAGGGUCUUAACACGCUGUCUCCGUUAUUCUCAAAAACAACGGGUACAAAAAAAAAAAAUAUUUUUUGAUUUGGAUGAAACUUCACCCAGUGUGAUACCCCAUCAUCAGAAAUGCGGACCCAACUUUUUGAGCCAUUCCCUCUUACUGUAGCCGGGUUACGGUAGGCAGGUGGGCACCUGCGUAUCCCAGUAUUGAAGAGUUUUUACUAGGCGAGUGAUAUAUCAAUCGAUAGGUAAUCCAAUUUCAAGAACUUUUACAGUACAUACCAUCUUGGGUUACGGUCGAAAAAUUUUGAGUUACGGUACUUUUUGUGUCUUCCGAGUCAGUUUUUCGACCACCAUGAGCUUGAGCCAGGAGAUCCAUUCUUCCUAACUUCUCAAAAGAUACCUUAUGAGAAGCUGUACAAGCUGGUACUGGUUUGAAAAAAUCCUAGGUGGACCAUCAUUUCGAAAAAUCGCCCCGAAGGCGCGCAAUCGUGGUCUUGCGGCGGCCAAGUGGGUGAACUCCAUGAUGCCGGACGGCUCAUUUUUCACAGAUCCAUUCCAAUCUUUGUUUCCAUUUCACUCAUAGAUGUCUAUUAUUGAUUUUUAUUUCAAUUUGAGAUGUUUUCGGGUUGACCAUCAUUUCGAAAUUUCAUUUUGAACCCAAAUUUUGAUUACCUGUUUUGAAAAUAAAUUGGCAGAAUAGAUUUUUGCUGUAAAUGAUAAAAACUUCAAAUGGGGAAACUAAGCCGAUAUUUGAGUUCAAAAUGAAAUUUCGAGAUGAUGGUCCUCUCAAAAGGGUUUCCGAUUGUUAUAAAACUGUUGUUCAGACACUCUUGUUCAUGUUCAAAAAAGAAAAAAGUUGAGAGCGGUCACAUACGGGGUCAGGGAUCCCGUGAAAAAAGCCGUGUCGGCCCUUUUCAGGCCAAAUUUGGGUUCAAAAUGAAAUUUCGAAAUGAUGGUCAACCCGAAAACAUCUCAAAUUGAAAUAAAAAUCAAUAAUAGACAUCUAUGAGUGAAAUGGAAACAAAGAUUUGAAUGGAUCUGUGAAAAAUGAGCCGUCCGGCAUCAUGGAGUUCACCCACUUGGCCGCCGCAAGACCACGAUUGCGCGCCUUCGGGGCGAUUUUUCGAAAUGAUGGUCCACCUAGGAUUUUUUCAAACCAGUACCAGCUUGUACAGCUUCUCAUAAGGUAUCUUUUGAGAAGUUAGGAAGAAUGGAUCUCCUGGCUCAAGCUCAUGGUGGUCGAAAAAAACUGACUCGGCAGACACAAAAAAGUACCGUAACUCAAAAAUUUUUUUCGACCGUAACCCAAGAUGGUAUGUACUGUAAAAAGUUCUUGAAAUUGGAUUACCUAUCGAUUGAUAUAUCACUCGCCUAGUAAAAAAACUCUUCAAUACUGGGAUACGCAGGUGCCCACCUGCCUACCGUAACCCGGCUACAGUAAGAGGGAAUGGCUCAAAAAAAGUUGGGUCCGCAUUUCUGAUGAUGGGGUAUCACACUGGGUGAAGUUUCAUCCAAAUCAAAAAAAGUAUUUUUUUUUUAUUGUACCCGUUGCUUUUAGAAAUUUUUGAGAAUAACGGAGACAGCGUGUUAAGUCCCUAUUUAUAGGCCCUUAUAGGAGUUGAAAUUUUAGAGGCCCCCUUAUGGGGGGGUUUUUUUUGAGGGGACCAAGAAGGGGGGAUGGCCUCUAUAGGGAUUGAAAUUUUAGGGCCCUUUUGGGGGGUUUAGGGUCUUACGUCCCUAUUUAUGGGCCCUCAAGGCUCCCUAUGGAACCCCUAUGGGGACCUCUACAAAAUUUCUCAGUCUGUUCAAAAUAAUCUCAACUGGUUCAAAAUUGACGUUUGGAUUGUUCAGUUGAUUACGCGAAAUUCGAAAAAUUAGAUUUUCGGUAGCUGUUGAAUGAAUUCUCGUCCUUCAUUUGGUCACUUUCUGCGCGAAUUCAAAAUUUCGGAAGAACUAAUUUGAAAAUUUUCGCGGGAAGUUAUCUCGAUGGAGACCCAAUUUUUUUACGGCUGCCGAAGUUCCGACUUUCUCACAUCAUCAGUUUUGAAAUCGCCGAAAUUAUUAUAAACGCGGCAUUAGUGCUCCAAUUAUGAGUAAAUCUUAACAACAAAGGAAUUUUUAAAUAAAAAAAGCUUCUAGAGAAGUUUGUGAAGCUGUUUCCCCAGGAAAAAUGUUCAUAAUACUUUUUCCAGGCGAAACUGAGCGGACAGUUCUUGGAAAGAUGCCUGCAAAUGCUCAUGAAACAGUGA